AUGCCCAGGUACACCGUACAUGUGCGUGGGGAAUGGCUGGCUGUUCCCUGCCCGGAUGCUCAGCUCACCGUGGGCUGGCUGGGCCGGGAGGCCGUGCGGCGCUACAUCAAGAACAAGCCUGACAAUGGUGGCUUUGACUCAGUGGACGCCGUGAACUUCCUUGUGCGCCGGUGCAAGGGUCUGGGCCUGCUAGAUAAUGACGACACGCUGGAGUUGGCCCUGGAGGACAACGAGUUCGUGGAAGUGGUCAUAGAAGGGGAUGCAAUGUCUCCAGACUUCAUUCCAUCUCAACCAGAAGGCGUUUACCUAUACAGCAAAUACCGGGAACCUGAAAAGUACAUCGCCAUAGAUGGGGACAGCCUGACCACAGAGGAUCUGGUCAACUUGGGAAAGGGUCGCUACAAAAUAAAGCUCACCUCAAUUGCUGAAAAGAAGGUGCAAGCAUCCAGGGAAGUCAUAGACCGCAUCGUGAAAGAAAAAACUGUUGUUUAUGGCAUUACCACAGGUUUUGGAAAAUUUGCCAGAACUGUGAUUCCUGUCAAUAAGCUAGAGGAGCUCCAGGUCAACUUAGUACGUUCACAUUCUUCAGGUGUUGGGAAACCACUGAUCCCUGAGAGAUGUCGGAUGCUCUUGGCUUUGAGGAUAAAUGUCUUAGCCAAAGGAUACAGUGGCAUUUCUUUGGAAACCCUCAAACAAGUUAUUGAAGUAUUUAAUGGUAAUGCAAUGGAUCCCUGGGUGGACCCUCCGCUGAGGGGUCUGGCUCUCAUCAACGGGACGCAGAUGAUAACCUCCCUGGGCUGUGAAGCUGUAGAGAGAGCUAAUGCUAUUGCGCGGCAGGCUGACAUCGUGGCGGCCCUGACCCUGGAGGUGCUCAAGGGCACCACCAAAGCCUUCGAUACUGACAUUCACGCUGUUCGCCCUCAUCGUGGGCAAAUUGAGGUUGCUUUUCGUUUUCGGUCACUCUUGGAUUCUGAUCAUCACCCAUCAGAAAUAGCAGAAAGUCACAGGUUUUGUGAUCGUGUACAAGAUGCAUAUACCCUGCGCUGCUGUCCACAGAUCCAUGGUGUGGUGAAUGACACAAUCGGUUUUGUGAAGAACAUCAUUACUACAGAACUUAACAGUGCAACAGAUAAUCCUAUGGUCUUUGCCAGUAGGGGAGAGACUAUUUCUGGAGGAAACUUCCAUGGUGAAUACCCAGCCAAAGCCCUGGACUAUUUGGCCAUUGGUAUCCAUGAACUUGCUGCAAUUAGUGAAAGAAGAAUCGAAAGGCUCUGUAACCCAUCCCUCAGCGAGCUGCCUCCCUUCCUGGUGGCUGAAGGUGGUCUGAACUCUGGGUUCAUGAUAGCCCACUGCACAGCCGCAGCCCUCGUUUCUGAGAACAAGGCCCUGUGCCACCCCUCGUCUGUAGACUCUCUGUCCACCAGUGCUGCCACAGAGGACCAUGUCUCCAUGGGAGGAUGGGCAGCAAGGAAGGCCCUCAGGGUCAUCGAGCACGUGGAACAAGUGCUGGCCAUUGAGCUCCUUGCAGCCUGUCAGGGCAUCGAGUUUCUACGCCCCCUGAAAACCACCACUCCACUGGAGAAGGUCUAUGACCUUGUGCGCUCUGUUGUAAGGCCCUGGAUAAAAGACCGCUUCAUGGCCCCAGACAUUGAGGCAGCACACCGGCUGCUGGUAGAACAAAAGGUUUGGGAAGUAGCUGCACCGUACAUUGAAAAAUACAGAGUGGAGCAUAUUCCAGAAUCAAGACCCAUUUCUCCUACAGCCUUUUCACUGGAAUCUCUACACAAGAAAUCCACCAAACUUUCUGAGUCUGGUGACCUUUAA